AUGAAGUUCGCUUUAGCCAUCGUCUGCCUCAGCCUGUGCCUGGCCACAUCCUUGUCUGUGCCCCUUCCCGAUAAUGCAGCCCAAAUCGUUAACCUAGAGUCUGAUGUGAGACCCGAUGGCUAUGAUCUGAAGCUGGAGACAAGCGACGGCACCAAGCGCGAGGAACAGGGAACCCUUACCAAUGCUGGCACCGAGGACGAGGCCAUCUCUGUGAAGGGCAGCUUCUCCUAUGUGGGUGAUGAUGGCGUCGUCUACGCCGUCAACUAUGUGGCCGAUCAGAAUGGCUUCCAGCCCGAGGGAGCACACAUACCGAACGUGCCAUUGGGCAAUGUGUAA